AUGUUCAACCAACCUAGCCAAGUUCCCGAGCACAUCACCUCCGCGUCUGACCACGAGCUCAAGCUUCUGCGAGAACAAUAUCUGGACGAGCGAGCCGCUCUGGCUAAGAGAGACAGAGGGAUUGGCCAGGGUGUCAUCCAGCUCCAGGAGAGCAUUGACUUUUGCGUCAAGUCGUGCUUGUUCAUCCACGACGAGCUCAAGGGCACUGACCACUCGGAUGCGCUUUUAACGCAGGUGCGGGCCCUGAACCAGUUCCGAUCAAUUAGUCUUGAGAAGAUGGGUGAGAUUCGUGAGGCUCGGAGCGAGGCUCUGUUUGCGACUCUCAUGCACAAGCGAUGGUGUGAGGACGAGAUGCGCAACCGGGGCAUUGAGUAUACUGACACCGAGCUUGUUGAUGAUUUGUUGACUCUUGCAAUUUGA